AUGAGCCCUCACGCCGACUACUCGACUCCCCCCCAGCACAACAACCAGCCCCUGCGCAGCGUCCACAGGGCCACCCAGCCCAAGAUGCAUCGGAACACCAGCUACCUGAGGCCCUCCUCCGAGGACGAGCUGCACGACAUUAUUUGCGUCGGCUUCGGUCCUGCGUCGCUUGGCAUUGCCGUGGCCAUGCACGACGCCAUUGAGGCCUCAGGCCAUGUGGGGCAGCUCGACAGGCUGCCCAAGGUUGCCUUCUUGGAGAAACAGCCCGAGUUCCGCUGGCACGCGGGCAUGCUCCUCGAAGGCGCCCACAUGCAGAUUUCUUUCAUCAAGGACAUGGCCAGUCUGCGCAACCCGCGCAGCAACUUCACUUACCUCAACUACCUCCACAAGAACGACAGGCUGAUUGACUUCACCAACCUGAACACCUUCUUGCCCCCGCGUGUUGAGUACGAGGACUACCUGAGGUGGUGCGCCAGCCACUUUGACGACGUCACCUCCUAUGGUCAGGAGGUCGUCCAGGUCGUCCCGGAGAAGACGACCAUUGACAGCGCCGCUGUCGACUCCUUCGUCGUCAAGUCCAGGAACACCGUCACCGGCGAGACCACUUCUCGCAGGGCCAGGCACGUCGUCAUUGCCACUGGCGGCAGGGCCAAGAUCCCCGAGCCCUUCCCCAAGGACCACCCCAAGGUCAUCCACUCUUCGGCCUUCAAGUACACUGCGCCCAAGCUUCUGCCUGAGCGCAACGCUCCCUACAAGAUUGCCGUCAUUGGUGGCGGUCAAAGUGCUGCCGAGAUCUUCGAGAACCUCCAGACCAACUACCCCAACUCGAACACCAACCUCAUCAUCAGGGCCCAGCACCUCCGCCCCAGCGACGACUCUCCCUUCGUCAACGAAAUCUUCAACCCCGAGAGGACUGAUGACAUGUUCAGCCGUGAUCCUGAACUCCGCACCAAGACGAUCCUCGACGACAAGGUCACCAACUACGGUGUCGUUCGUCUCAACCUCCUUGAGAGGCUGUUCGAGACCAUGUACCUCCAGAAGAUGAAGUACGGCGCCCAGGAGAACUGGCCCCACAGGAUCCUGAACUUCCGCACCGUUGUUGAGGCCGGCCAGUCCCCCGUCAUCAAGGGCGGUGUUCGUCUGGUGGUCAACAACCACAGCAAUGAUUUCUGCGCUCGCAAGAGUGCAACUGAGGAGGUUCACGACUACGACCUGGUUGUCGUCGCCGUCGGCUAUGAGCGCAACGAGCACGAGGAUAUCCUGCAGGGCAGCCGCUGGCUGAUGCCCGGUGGCGGCAGUGCCGGCCAGAAGUGGGAGGUCAACAGGCACUACGGCGUUUUGUUCGAAGAGGGCAAGGUUAGCCCUGAUGCUGGCAUUUGGUUGCAAGGUUGUAAUGAGAUGACGCACGGUGUAAGUUUUCUCCAGUCCUUCCUGCUGCUUUCCCCUCCCAUCACCCCCGCCACCUCGCUUCCCAGCAGCCUGUGA